AUGGCGGACGCGCAACCCCUUCGUUGGUGCGCCGACGACGAGGCCAUCUGUGGCCCGUCCACUGAGGGUAUGAUGCAACUGAGCUCGAUCGUGCCCCUUGCGGCGGCCGCCAGAGUCCUGCUGGAGGUUAACGCCGGGAUGGGAGUCGGCGCUAAGGCGGGCGUGGGAGGGGUUGGAGUCGGAGCUAAUGCUAAGGCUGGAGGCAAACAUUUCAAACACAAAAAGGCGGGAGGCAAAGGUGCUAGCCCUGCCCCGCCCCCAUCCGCCGUCGACUGCGGCGACAACAGCGACCCCUGCGUCGGCGGGGGCGGGAAUGGCUACGGCUAUUACGAUUACGCGGACUACCCCUGA